GUCGUUCGUCAGCAUCGGAGCACCAAAGCCGAACCUCACUCGCUGUCGAUCGGUUGUCCGCGAAUCUACAUACAUACGUACAUAUAUAUGUUUAAAUUUUGAACUAGCCUAGCUUAAAAACGAUCUGCCUGACGUUCCGUGCUAUCAUACGCCGUGCAUUCUUCGCGAAUCGUGGAUGUGCCGCGUGUGUUGAUCAAUAAAGCUAAAGAAAAUAUAUAAUAAUAAUAAUAAUAUCGAACAUCCUUAUAGGGAUGCUAAACGAACUAUUGAGUGCGUAACUCGUAACUCAGAUUUGGUGUGUGUUUGUUAAUAAAGCAAAAAGCAAAUUUAUAAACAAAGCGAGCUCUGCACAUAAGGAUUUUACCUGACCAUCCAGUAGAUAGGAUAUAUAUUUCAUAUAUAUCUAGAGUUCAAAGAAAUAAAGAUGGCACCGAACAUAAUAGGCAGCACCUUUAUAUUGGCUGAGACGGCCAUUGCUGAUGCCAAUAACAAUAAGAUGUCAACGACAACAGCAACGACAGCGGCACCAGCGGCACCAGCGGCUGCGCCCGUCAAGGCAGCACCCAUGCCGGCAGCCAAGCCGGCCGCGCCCCAAACUGACGCCCAGAAGGCGGCAGCAGCUGCCAAGCCAUUCAAGGCGCAAAUCGUCUGGCAUAAUAUUGUGCUGUUCAUAAUCCUGCACUCGACGGCGCUAUAUGGCCUCUAUUUGAUACCGGCCGAGAGUGCCUACCUCGAAAUUCUGCCCAUUUAUCUGUUCUCGUUCCUGGGCGGCUUGGGCAUUACGGCGGGCGUGCAUCGCUUGUGGUCGCACAAGGCCUACAAGGCGAAGCUGCCGUUGCGCAUCUUCCUCAUGCUCUGCCAGUCGCUGGCAUUCCAGAACAGCAUCUGGGAAUGGACACGCGACCAUCGUGUCCAUCACAAGUUCACCGAUACACACGCCGAUCCCCAUAACUCGCGACGCGGCUUCUUCUUUGCUCACAUGGGCUGGCUGCUCUGCAAGAAGCAUCCCGAUGUGCGCGGCAAGGGCAAGCAGAUUGAUAUGAGCGACAUUGAGGCCGAUCCCGUUGUCAUGUUCCAGAAGAAAUACUACUUUGUUGUGAUGCCGAUUUGCUGCUUCGUUGUGCCCAUGCUGCUGCCCUACUAUCUGAUGGGCACCUCGUUGAAGGUCUGCUUCUUCAGCUGCUCGAUGCUGCGCUAUUGCCUCUCUCUGCACGGCACUUGGCUGGUGAACAGCGCCGCUCACUUUUACGGCAUGAAACCCUACGAUGUGAACAUCAGCUCGGUCAACUCGAAACUGGUAUCGAACAUUACCUUCGGCGAGGGCUGGCAUAACUAUCACCAUGUCUUCCCCUGGGACUACAAGGCAGCUGAGCUGGGCACCUACAAUGGCAACUGGACCACGGCCUUCAUCGAUCUAAUGGCCAAGAUAGGCCAAGCCUACGAUCUGAAGUACGUCUCCAAGGAGAUGGUCUACAAGCGCGUGCUGCGCACUGGCGAUGGCAGCCACAUUGCCGCCCUGCUGGAUGCCAACAACAACAAUAGUGCCGCGCCCACAAAUGAGCUGGUGAUGCAUUUGGACCACGAGCAGGAGGAGAAUGCCGUCUGGGGCUGGGACGACAAGGACAUCAGCGAGGAGGAUCGCAAGAGUGCUACAAUUGCGAACAGUGUCCUGGAGAGCAAACAGGAUUAGAGAACGUUUGCUAAUUGCGUCUCGUCUGGGUUAUAUAACUCUCGCCGAUUUCGAUAGAUGGUAGUACAGUUGUUUAGGCAGUAUAUGCACAUAUAUAUAUAUACACACAUAUCUGUUAUCUAGGUCGAGCGGGACGCAAAUACAUUUUAGAAAUGGCUUCAAUUCCAAAAAGAAAAGAAAGAAAACAAAUCAAAAGAGAAAUCUACCAACAAGAACAUAUUCGAGAUAAGUCCCAAAAUUUUGUAAAGUGUAUCAAAACUAACAGCAGCAGCAGCUCUAUAGAAAGCAUAUAAUUUUUUUUGAUAUAUCUACUUAAUCGUUCACUGUUGAACACACUUGACCCCUAUAUAUGAAUAAUAUGUAACGCCUGAGUGCUAACGACGCAAGUGGUUCUAGACUUAAAUGUACUUGAUAAGGCUUAAGCUUAAGUCUCGAUUCUCAAAUGGAGAGUGUGUAAAUUGUUUUUAGUUAUUAGGUGUGUAGGAUACUAAGCUUUAAGACUCCAAUUGUAUAUUUAAUCAGAAAAAUUGUAGAAAACAAAAAAAAAAUCGCUAAAAUUCCAAAAAAAAAAAACACAAAAACAAAAAACUAUAUACUUAUGCUGUCUUUCGUGCUAAAGAAAAGAAAAUAGUCGUGGUAUUUGGACAUUUGUCUGGAAAUGGAAUAAAGAUUAUGCCUAACGAGCAUAUUUAUAUACAUUACUAAAGCGUUUACUCAGCAAACGAUGGGAAAUGGUAUAACUGAUAUAUUGAUAUAUUGAGAACAAAUAUUUUGUAAAAUACUAUAAAAUGGUGAAGAUUA